CGAGUGCUCGAGUUUUCGUCUGUUGUAAAAACGGGAAGUGCGUUAGUGCGUGCGUGGCGUGACAGUAUCGUUAAAAUGACAACGACGUCGAGCAUUCUGCCAUCGUAUCAGCGGUUCGUGAACGGUGUGCCGGUGCCUCUAUUCUCGAGACGGUCGUUCCGCCCGCGUGAAAAGUAUCUGAUCAUGUUGGUGUUUUUGACGUUCGGUGUCGUGUGUUUCGGAACGUUCUUCUUUUUGCCGGAUUUCCGUCCGGGCACCGGUGGCGUCGCAGUGAACAGUGUUUACCGUGUAUACCAACACAUGCAAAAAGCGGGACCGGAAUUACUUAUACCGGCGCCACCUCGUUUACAAGGGGGCAUAAAGGGGUCCAUAGGUCAUCUUAAUGCUGUGCCACCUGGACACGAGGGCAUUGAUCAUCAGGAUGUGCAUAUUCUUCAGGACAAGCAAAAGCUGCAGGCGAAGAUUGACGAGGAAUAUCAGCAACAGAAGAUGUUAGAGAAGCCGGAAGUGAUUGGUGAAAUACAUGUGCGUGUUACUAGUUCGCCAUCGUUAGUGCUUCACCGGAAGAACGAAGUUCUGGAGACUGUGCCGCCAGCACCCGCCAGUAAACUUCCUUUGACGGUCGGUGGAGAGGACAAGGACCCCAUCGCCAGGGAACGGAGGGACAAGGUCAAAGAGAUAGUAGACUACGCGUUUCAAAAUUACGUAAGCUUUGUUAGUCAUCAAAUAUUGUUUUUCAUGUACCAUCAAUCAAGAAUAAGCUUCUAUGGUUAA